AAUUUCAGGUGUAACGUGGGAGCGUUAGUUUUACGCGGGAAGUGCAGCAAAAAGAAAUAUUAUCGAAAAAAUUCUCAGGUAAAGAUUACAAUCAAUAGUUUUUAGAUUGUGUUUGCAUUAUUCAGUACGUUUAAGAUUUGCAGUGAACAUUAUUUAAAAGAAUAAUGUAUUUAAUCAAAUCAUAUAUGUAUUUAAUAAAAUCAUGUACUUAACUAAAGUUCUUAUUGGUUAGAAGCGAAUACAUACAUAUAUAUAUAUAUUUUUUUUUUUCACUAUUGUACAUAUAUACAGUAUUUCAGUAUUCGAAAGUGUUAUUGAAAUUUCAAAUUAAAUUAGUACAUAAAUGGAUAUUUAUGUAUGUAUAAAUUUAUAUAGUUGAAAUAUUCUUAUUGGACGUUUUCAUUUUCCAUAAAUCAGUCGAAUUUUAUUACGGUAUCGUUUUUGAUCUGCCUUAAGAUAUAAUAGCAAGAAUGUUUGUACAUUUAAAUGAAGAUAUCUUCGUCGAAAACAAGUAGAAAAUUAACACAUCGUUUCCCACUCUCUAUUGGUUGUUGGUAGAGCAGACAUACACUCAGUUAUACCCGAAACAGGUUUUUUUCGAAGCCUGCCUAGGAACAGAAUGGACUGGUCGACAAGUAAAAAUGCAGGAUCCUGCCUUGCGCGCCAUCAUGCAUUCACGAGAACCGUGUACGGCAUAAUAAUGCAACGUAAUUCCAAUACAUUGUGUGUGGUUUCUAUCUACCCCGAUCGACACGAAGAAAUUAUCUGUCAGGAAUAUUUCUUGCAAAGAGUACAUAUAACAGUUCGCAAUGCAAUUUAUCCCCUCAGUUGUGCAUAUAAUUUUUUAUUAUUUAUCCACGUGAGGAAUGCGAUGUUACGAUUGCUUGAAAAGGCUUCUUGUGUUCAACUAACAUAACAAGGCGGUGGCAUCGAUACUUGUUAGCUUGGAAGAUUUCGGAUAAUCGACGCCUUGUUCACGAUCGCGUAACCGACAUCGUGAUCAAUGAAUUCUAAGAACGAAAGAAGCAAUGAAAUUUAUCAUCACGCGUACUCACUCUAUCGUAUUCCUUGUUCUCAAUUAAUUUGCAACAAUUGGCAACACGCGCGUAACUGCGAUGUAUCUUCGUCAAUUACAACCAAACGACGAUGCGAUUAAAUAACGUUUCUGUUCUAUCUAUCCUUCAGAGACGAAAUGAAUCUUUAUUUUAUUUCGUUUACUAUCUGUUUGCAGGAGUUGCACGUGUUGCCGUAACCAUGCCUCGCUGUCGACCUACGCGGGAAAGGAAUCGACUUUUCAUUCGCUGUGUCUCGCAGCUGUUCACCGAUCGCGAUAACGUGGGCGACAGCAGUCUCUCACUCAACGAAAACUUUAUAUUUUCGAAAGAGAUAUAUUCCAUCGAGUGGAUCUUGAAGUUACUACGGCGUCAGACGAGCUUCGCGAUGAAAGCAACACUCAUGGGAAUGAAGAACUCGUCGAAGGAACUAUCUUCUGAACUAGAUGUCGUCGGCGAAUCUUGUUACAGUGAAUGCCGCGGGAUAUGCAAUCGAGAGAUAUCCCGCGGUGCUUCUCUCGAUCCACUUAAAAUUUUUUGGGCCCCGUUACUCCGGUUUUCUUGCGCUACUUGCAUCAGGAGGAUGCUGGUGUCACACAUAGGAAACACUUACUCCUUCUAAGAACAUCAUCUCGUGAAAGUGCAUUAACUUGUGCUAGCUUGCAGUCUAUAAUUUUAAAUUGUUAUUUUACUUUUUUACAAUUUAUGUUAGGUAUCUUCGUUGAC